AUGGCUCACCUCCGAGACGUCGGUCCUCGACUGCUGCCAGGGACGAAAGAGCCAAUAAAGACUGUUUAUACCGGUGUUCCUGCGAUUGAUCACCAGCUGACUGUUCUGGCGCUGUUCUUCUGGGAGAACGUCGACGGAUCUAAUCCGGCGGGCUCCUUGUUCUGCUUUCAUUUCGCUACGCAGGUUGCUUGUGGAUGGGGUCUGCUUAUGAUUGAAGGAUUGAGGCAUGGAAAUAGAUGGACUAUUAUAUCCUUCAUAGGGACAUGGGGCAUCUUUGUGCAGAACGCCGCAUAUGCUGUCGUCAUACCUUACUGGUGCAUCGCCUAUCUCUCGACAUCGCGUAUAGUCUCUUCGAGACGUGUAUCUGAAUAUCUGGUCGAUGUGCCGAAUCUUGCAGGUAUCGCUAUUUCGAUGGUUUUAGGCUAUGUCCUGCCGACCAUUUUGAUGUCGCUGCCUGCUCCUUCGAUCAUCGAUUAUGACCUCAAGCAGUGGCUCAUGACUUUCUGGCAAUUCUUUCCUGUUUGGGUCUCCGUGGUGCAGGGAGUUGUGCCAUAUCUGCUGCCAAAACCCGGAGAAGCAAGCAGAGUAUCUGAUAUCCACAUGUUGAUGUCGAUGAGGAUUCUGUACGCCGGUCUUAUCACCACGGCGGGGAUCGGUCAAGCCUCUACCAUGACUUUUUUGGCAACAUCGAAGUUCUUCCCCGAGCUCUUCACUCCUGAGUUCGUCGGCGUAUUCAAUCCUUCUAAUGUCUUCCUGCCAGCAACGAUAUCCCCGUCUACCAAGGUGCCGUCAAUAGGAGCCGGAGCAUUUCUCUUGCUUCAGUACGACCACCUCAUUGGAUCGACGUCCAUGGCCCUGUGGAGCACAGUGCUGUUUGUUAAUACGUACAGGAAUGGGGCGACCUACCAAAGUGUGGGAUUGAUGAUUGUUGGAGGCAUUAUAAUGAUGGCUUUGACGGGUCCAUUGGGCUAUGCAACGGCCUGUAUUUGGGCGAGGGAUGAGCUGAUCAUUGCUGAAGCUGAAGCUGAUGGUAAGAAGAUGCAAUGA